GAGUCCAGCGCAGUCAGCACUACAGCUGUGUAUAAGAAAUUGAUUUUGGAAUUUCUAACAUAUGGCAACUGGGACCAGUCAAAAUGUCCAAGUGGGUGAUGCUUCUGUGGAUCGUGGGGCACUUCUCCAUAGUUUGUGCCCAACGAGACAAACUAGUAAAAGGCUUCGUGGGCCAGUCUGUACAAUUACCCUGCUCCUACAGAACACAAAAUGGCAGAAGGGAAGUAUGCUGGGGGAAGGGCAGAUGUCCCAAUUCGAAAUGUGGUGACCGACUUCUCCAAACCGAUGGGUCAAGGGUGACCUUUAGGAGGUCGUGGAAAUACCAACUCAAAGGUUCUCUCAGACAAGGGAACGUGGACCUCACGAUCACGGAAGCCUCAGAAGGCGAUAGUGGUAUGUACUGUUGCCGGAUAGAAGUCCCCGGAUGGUUCAAUGACAUAAAAAAUAACGUGCAUCUGCAGAUAAGGAAAGUCACCACCACAACAAAGAGGACAACUACAACCACAACCACUUGCCCUCCAACAACACUUCAGCCCACAACUGCUACUAUUCUUCAGACCACCACUGCAACUACUUUUCAGACCACCACUGCAACUACACUUCCACCAACAACUGCAACUACGCUCCCUCCAACGACUUCAACUACUCCUCACACGACCACUGCAACUACACUUCAGCCAACAACUUCAACUAUUCUUCACACGACCACUGCAACUGCCCUUGAACCAACAACUUCAACUACUCUUCUGACAACAUCUGCACCUGUACGUCACAUUACUACUGUAACUACCCUUCAGCCAACAACUACAACUACGCUCCCUCCAACGACUACAACUACUCUUCACACGACCACUGCGACUAAAUUUGAGCCAACAACCUCACCUGGUCUUCCGACGACAUCCGCACCUACACGUCACAUUACCACGGCAACUUCUCUUCCGACUACCCCUGCAACUAUUCUGCAAGGGACCACUGCACCUGCUCUUCAGAUUACCACUGCAACCACUGUUCAGAAUAUCACAGCAACUCCUUUUCAGCCUACCACUGCAAUUACACUUCAGGCAAUCACCACAGCUCUUUUCGCAGCUACCUUGGGGACAGAAACAUUCCUCUCUACUAAAGAAUUAGUAACUUCCUUUUCCUCACAUGCUCUUCAGACAACUCUCAGGGUACCUGACGAAGAGACUUCUCAUACACCUAAAGUGACCGCUACUUCUACUCUCUAUAUGACUUCCCAGGAAGUUGCAACAAGGACAAGAGGAGAUUCUACUUCUCAUUCAUCAGAAGGAACAUCAGAUGUUUUCCAGAGAGAAUUUGAACUGGACCAGAUAAGCAAUUCAGUUAAAUACAACCUGCUAUUCAUCAUUGUUCCACUGGUGGCAGCUGGUCUCCUCGCGCUGCUGUUGGGAAUUUUAUUGAGAGGUAAAGUUAUGCAAAAGUACUAUUUGGCUAAAUACACAAGCUUCAAGAUGAAAAAAGAACCUGAAAAUAUCCUCGGGGAUAUGCAAAUUGAAAUGAACGGAGAUGAUAACCUUUUUAUCCUCUGACAGCCACUUACUUGGCUGCUCCAAGGAUCUGGAUGUGAUGGGUAGUAGGAUGUGGGUGUGGGGUUCUGUCCCCUACCAGACUGUAGAGGGCACUUCAAAUUCGUACUGGCAUGGCAACUAGGCUUCUCUUCCUCCUUGGUGAUCUGUCCAGAAGGUGGAUGGCUUCAGUCAGUUGCCCUUUCAGUUGCUAUCUUAUUGUUGAGCAAAGCGCUGAGUUUUCCUUAAAUAAAAUGCGACCUACAGAGUGGUUACCUGUAGUGGGCUUGAUUUUUGGUAUGCUAGACACCUUCAUUCCACCGCAGGUGGGAAUUGACACCCUCUCAGCCUUGGAAAUACAGGGCUGAGGCAGCUUGAUGCCAGGGACAAAUUGAGAGUCUCGGAUGCACAAAAUGGAAACCAAAUCAAGAAAUGGUUCCAAGAAGACAGAGUAUCAGCACCAAUCUAUGAUGAUCCAUAAGUACCAUCUUGUAAAAUGCCAAUAAAAGAAUAUGCCUUAGAGUUUCAGAGCUA